UCUUUUUCCAAGGUGGGAAAGAGACACAAGACACCGAAAGCUGUACUGCAAGGGUUCCGAGUUGUGCUAAAGGAUUUUUUUUCUUUUUUUUUCCCUCCUCCUUCGGCUUUACAAGCGCCUGCGGUUGACACCACUAGAGACAAGCUGGUUAGAGAACAAACUGCUUCCUCCGGACUGGACCGGGCAGCCGGGAAGAAAGCAGGCAGCCAAGAACUGGGGAAGCUGUCUGGGGGUUUCUCUGCGAACCUCAGCCCCCAUCUGGUUUUUCUUCUUUUUCUCUUUUCUUUUGGUUCUUUUGUUUUGCUUUGCCUUGGUUUUCCAGUUGUUUUAAAUUCCUUACGGUGUUGGAACUAGUGAGCGGCGGAGUCUCGGAAGCCUCAUCAGUCACCCAGACUGCCGGGAACAGUGGAUUAAGAGGAAGAAGCUCGCCUGGGGCAUCAUAUACCCUGUUAUUCAGUUUCCUGCCUCGGAGAUAAAGAUCCCAGCUACAUGGGCAAACGCCUGGAUCAGCCACAAAUGUACCCCCAGUACACGUACUACUGUCCCCAGUACCUCCAAACCAAGCAGUCCUAUGCACCAGCUCCCCACCCCAUGGCUCCUCCCAGCCCCAGCACCAACAGCAACAGCAGUGGAGAACAGUUGAGUAAAACGAACCUGUACAUUCGAGGUCUUCCACCAGGCACCACGGACCAGGACCUCAUCAAGCUAUGUCAACCGUAUGGAAAAAUUGUAUCCACGAAGGCAAUUCUUGACAAGAAUACGAAUCAAUGCAAAGGUUAUGGUUUUGUAGAUUUUGAUAGUCCUGCAGCCGCACAGAAAGCAGUAGCAUCCUUGAAGGCAAAUGGCGUGCAAGCGCAGAUGGCCAAGCAACAAGAACAAGACCCUACAAAUCUAUACAUCUCAAAUCUCCCUAUCUCUAUGGAUGAGCAGGAGCUGGAGAACAUGCUAAAGCCUUUUGGACAUGUGAUAUCCACCAGAAUCCUGAGAGAUGCUAACGGAGUCAGCAGGGGCGUUGGCUUUGCCAGAAUGGAGUCUACCGAAAAAUGUGAAGUGGUAAUUCAACAUUUUAAUGGAAAAUAUCUGAAAACACCACCAGGCAUCCCAGCGCCCAGUGAGCCUUUACUGUGCAAAUUUGCUGAUGGAGGACAGAAGAAGAGACAGAAUCAGAGCAAGUACACCCAGAACGGGAGGCCAUGGCCCAGAGAAGGAGAGGCUGGCAUGGCUUUGACCUAUGAUCCCACAGCCGCCAUACAGAAUGGAUUUUAUUCUUCACCGUACAGUCUCGCAACCAACCGCAUGAUCCCACAGACAUCCAUCACGCCAUUCAUUGCUGCCUCCCCCGUCUCCACAUACCAGGUCCAGAGCACUUCAUGGACGCCUCAUCUGCCAUACAUUAUGCAACCAACAGGUGCUGUGAUCACACCCACCAUGGACCACCCCAUGUCAAUGCAACCAACGAACAUCGUGGGCCCCCUGACACAGCAGAUGAACCAUCUUUCGCUGGGGACAGCAGGAACGAUUCAAUCCCAAGACAGAAUUAUGGUACUUCACCAGCUGUUGUGCCAGUAUAUGACUGCUGCUCCUAUGCAAGGGACCUACAUGCCCCAGUACACGCCUGUGCCUCCGACAGCUGUUUCUAUUGAAGGUGUUGUUGCUGAUACAUCUCCCCAGACGGUGGCCCCUUCAUCCCAGGACAGCAGUGGUCAGCAGCAACAGCUGGCCGUGGACACACCCAAUGAACACGCACCUGCAUACUCUUUCCAACAAUCCAAACCGUAGACAGAAGUGAGGCUGUCCGUCUGAACCUUCACCUUCGAUGAAGAGACUUCCCGGAGCAGGAAGUUAGUUGGCCUCCGGUUUGCACAGGCGCCAAGAGAAAGCUUUCUUCCUUUAUUUUUAUUUUUUUUAAUUUUAUACUUUACUCAAAGAAAACAAAGUUUUUAUGUGCUGUGCAAAUGG